AUGAACGGACAACAUGGUGGGCAGCCGUACAUGGCGGCUCACACGUCGAGUUCCUACUCUAUCAACAACCCGUACACGCAGCAGGAACCAGAGGAGAUGGUGGAGUUGCAAAGUCCUCGACCAUACCGGAGUCCUGGGGCUCACGACGACCAGGGCCCCGACUUUGACUUUCAGUUUCAACAAGAUCAACACUCGUCGAGGCCUGCGAUCGUUCCUUACAGGCCAGGUCUGGGACAUAAUCCCCCGGACUAUACUUCCUCGCCUGGCCUCUUUCCCACGCCCCGCACUUCCUAUGGCCCAGAGUCAUUUGCGAAUUCCCCAUUCGCCUCUCGCUCUGCCUCUCCAACACUGUACCAGCAAUCUCAAUUCGAUAGCUCCGCAAGUUUGGGCCGUCUUCCUCUGGUCAGCAAGCCCACGUCUCCCAGUUUCACCAAAGACUGGGUACAAUCUGGAUCGAUUGCCCGUAUCAACGAUCGCGAUGACGUUGACAUCUGGAAGGGGUGGAAACGAGUUGUCUUCAUGUUCACCCCGCUGCUAACCUUUGCCAACACCGGAAUCUAUCUGUUUUACCUUGGUCUGCGAAUCUACUGCAUUAUCUCGGCUCAAAACGCCGCGGGAGUCAGCUAUGCUGGGGCAUGGGUGUUUGUCGGUAUCGAAAUUGCGGUCAUGGUUCCUUCUCUGAUGCACAACUGUUGGACAAUGAUGGCGGCCAAGAAGCGCGGUCGACCAAAGCUUCGUCUGACCGGCAAUGAAUGCCCUACUGUCGACGUGUUUGUGACCUGCUGCGGUGAGGAGGAUGAUGUGGUCAUGGACACUGUUCGCGGUGCCAUCGAUCAGGAUUAUCCGAUGGAGAGCUUCCGGGUGAUCGUGCUGGACGACGGCAGAUCCGCCUCGCUGGAAGAGGCCGUCAAAAACCUUGCCGUGACUUAUCCCAAUCUCUACUACAUGGCCCGCGAGAAGAUCCCUGGAAAGCCUCACCAUUUCAAGGCCGGUAACCUGAACUAUGGUCUAGACCAGACGCACACGUUGCCCGGUGGAGCCGGUCAAUUCAUGGCGGCUCUCGAUGCAGACAUGAUCCCCGAACAACAGUGGCUUCGUGCCGUGCUCCCGCACCUGCUGGUGGAUCCCAAAAUGGCCCUUGCAUGUCCGCCCCAGCUCUUUUACAAUACCCCUGCAUCUGAUCCCCUUGCCCAAAGUCUCGACUUCUUCGUACACGUGAUUGAACCGAUCAAAGACGCGCUGGGUGUGGCUUGGUGCACGGGUUCUGGCUAUGUUGUUCGACGUGAGGCUCUUGAUCAGAUUGGCAACUUCCCUCUCGGCUCCCUCGCCGAGGAUGUCGCGACUUCGACCCUUAUGCUGGGCAAAGGAUGGAGAACUGCAUAUAUUCACGAGCCAUUGCAGUUCGGAACGGUGCCCGAGGACUUUGGCGGUCACUUGAAGCAGCGCACCCGCUGGGCCAUUGGCACGGUCGACACCGCGUUCAAGCUCAAGUUCUGUCUUUGGGGCGAUGCUGUUCGCAAAAUGUCCUUUGCGCAGCGCUUCUCCGGAUUUUUGUAUGCGACUCUGAGCUUGUACACUCUCCUGCUUACUGCGUCGCUCUUUGCCAUCCCUAUCAUCCUCCUCUGGGGUAAGCAGCUUGUCGCAUACGCAAACCAGGACCAGCUUCAUUGGCUGAUCUGGACUUGUUUCGCAACGACCAUUGCCAACCGUCUAUGUGAGUUUGCUCUGUUCAUCCCUGCUGGUUACCACACCGGCCAGCGUGGCUCGCGCUACCAGCUCUGGAUGUCACCCUACAUUGCUCUGUGUAUCGUUCGUUCUUUUAUGCUUCCCUCCUGGCUCGGCGGCCAGACGCAGGCUUUCAAGCCCACCGGCUCGCUUGGCUCUGCCCUGAACGAGCGUGACGCCAAGCUGCGCAAGAACAUGUUUGUCCGCCUCCGCGUCAUUCUCUUCAAUUUCAUGGCCUUUUUCCACUUUGCAUUUGUCUACGUCACUCUCAUCGCGGUCGUCAUCUCAACGUACCGCUGCUUCCAAGUCGAGAACAGUUUCAAGGGUGUGGUGAUUUGCAUGAUCACCCAUGCCUUCUGGCCUCCCAUGACUUUCCUUUUCCUCUGCACCUCGCUCUGGACCCCCGUGUCGUAUGCGAUCGAUCCUCCAUCAAUGCCAGACCGGGAGGAGCUGUUGACGCGCGACCCCAAGACGGGCGUCGCUCACCCUACUCAGAAGAGCAAGAAAAUUGCGUUUGGAGGCCAGGCUGCCUGGUUUGAACUGGAAUAUACGGUUGCAACUGCCGUGACGGUGCUGGUGUUUGUCUACUCCUUCUUCUUCUGA